AUGUCGCAGGCGAGGGUGACGGGGCAGCUGUUUCCUGCUGGAAACCCAUCAAGCAGAAAGGGAGCGCGCUUGUGUUUAAACCCACGGCGGAUUCUCUGUGCGAGCGCUUGCCCUUUGCCCUUCCAGGCCCUUCAGCAGAAGAACGUGGAGUGCGCUCGCGUCUACGCGGAGAAUGCCAUCCGCAAGAAGAACGAGGGGCUUAACUGGCUGCGCAUGUCUUCCCGGGUGGAUGCGGUGGCCUCCAAGGUCCAGACAGCAGUGACGAUGAAGGGGGUGACGAAAAACAUGGCCCAGGUGACCAAGGCCUUGGACAAGGCUCUGAGCUCCAUGGACCUGCAGAAGGUGUCUGCGGUGAUGGAUAAAUUUGAGCAGCAGGUUCAGAAUUUGGAUGUUCAUACAUCGGUCAUGGAGGACUCCAUGAGCUCCGCUACCACCCUGACCACGCCGCAGGAGCAGGUGGACAGCCUCAUCGUCCAGAUUGCGGAGGAGAACGGCCUGGAGAUCAUGGACCAGCUCAACCAGCUCCCCGAGGGGGCUUCGGCGGUGGGGGAGAGCUCGGUCCGCACCCAGGAAGACCAGCUGUCGCGGAGGUUGGCCGCCUUGCGGAAUUAA